CUGAAACAAUGAAGACUGUUAAGUCUCUGUCUCUUCUUGUUUUCUUCAGCUACAUUAAAUGUCAGACUCUUCAGACAAGCUUGCUCCAUGCAGAUGAAAGAAUGCUACAUUCAAGCCGGUGUCUGAAAUUGGUUAAGUGACUUCAGAUAGAGCAAGAGUGUGAAUGCCUGCAGGAACAGUCAUACAAGCUGCAUUAUUCAUAGUGCCCUUCAUUAUCAUGCACUGUGCUCAAGACUCCAUUGAAUGUCUUUAUUUAAUCCUGUGUGCAGGUGUACCUCUACAGACGCAUGUGUGUGGGUGCAUGUGCAUGCGUGUGUAGUCUGGAGGUUGACAUUGGGUGUCUUUUGCAAUUGCUUCUUCACUUCAAUUUUUUGUGAUCCCCCAUUGAACCAUCUUAAUUUUUUCAGUCUUUCACUGAAACUUGAGGUCACUGAUUGGUUAGACUGGCUGGCCAGCAAGCUUCAGCAUCCUUCUAUGCCUGUCUCCCAUCACUGGAGUAACAGAUGAGCUGUAUUUUUUAAGAGGUGCUUGGGAUCCAAAUUUGGGUUUCAAAGCUUGUACAACAUGCACUUUACCAACUGAGCUGUCUCUGCAGGCCCUCAUUUAAGUUUAAUACCCUCCCAAUGUAGUAAAAUUUCAUUUUGUAAUAAAUCCAAAUGGGUUUUUUUCCCCUCUAUUUUUCAUAAAUAGAAACUGAACUCUGAAGAGCUGUCUCUAAAACCCUUAUUUUGCUUAUCAAUAGUAAUUGUUAAUGAUAGUUUACUUAUUUAAUGGAGCGCCUUUAAGAUUUUUAGAAGCUGUUAGUAUAGGAAGGAAGAUACUGCUUUCAUGGAGAACACCUGCAUGUGAAUGUGCUAUGCAGCAUAUGAAUAGCCAGAAUCAUCCAGAGGAGCGCUUAAGAGACACCACCAGCAUUAUGGUUGCUCAGUUUCUUCAGAAAGCAACUUAUGAAGAAGUGAAAACUGUAGUUAAAGAGAUACUAGACCUUUCAGAAAGGUGUAAGCAUCUCAAACCACAUGAGUUACCUUCAGAAUGUACUCAUCAAUUGAUAAGUAAUUUCUUCAAGUAUAUUUGCAACAACCAAGGAAUGAUUGACAAAUAUGCAUUCGCUGAUUGUUGUAAGACAAAUAACACAACAAGACUCAAAUGCUUCCUAUCCUAUAAGAGAGAUGAUGCAGUUAUCAGUGAUAUACUCCUGAUCUCAGAGCCUGAGCUGACCUGUGGACUGGAGGACAAUCUAAAGUCUCUGAAGGCAAGGUACAGUUAUGAAACUUCUAGAAGACACCCAUUCUUAUAUGGACCCACGAUUUUGACCAUGUCUGCUUGCUAUGAAACAACUGUUCAGUCAUGUUGCCAAGAAGAAAAUAAGACUGAAUGCCUGCAGAUAAAGCUAGAACCCAUCAGAAAAUAUAUUAGAGAAAUAUCUGUGAGGCAUCAUCAUUUAUGUGAAAUUGGGAUUAAAUUCAACCACAAGGUAGCAAAAGCAGUAGAAUUGGUUCUGCUCACGAAAAAACAACCUAAAGCUAAUUUUUCUGAAAUUUCCAAAUUGACCACAGAGAUUAAAAAUCUGCAUGAAACCUGCUGUGAAGGAAACACAGCAGCAUGUGUACUGGGCAGGAGCCAGCUUAUGAACUACACCUGCUCUCACCAGGCUAUCUUAUCGAGCAAGAUUUCUCAGUGCUGUGAACAGCCAGAGCCAUUCCGAGGGGAAUGUAUUAUCAACUCGGAAAAUGAUGACAAACCUGACCUUUCAUCUUUGCCACUCAGAAGGUUUACAGAAGACCCAUCUGUAUGCAAACAAUUCACUGACAAGCAAGAUGACUUUCUCCAAGAGUUUCUUUACGAAUAUUCAAGAAGACGCCCAGAGUUGGCAGUUCCAGUAAUUUUAAGAGUGUAUACAGCAUAUGAAAAUUUAUUGGAGAAGUGCUGCAAAUUAGAAAACCCUUUGGAAUGCCAUAGCAGUGGGAAAGAGAUAUUCCGAGGAGUGGUACGUGAAAGCCAUGACCGUGUAAAAACUCACUGUGAUUUACAUGAGAAAUUGGGAGGCAGUAACUUCCAUGACAGGCUCAUAGUCCUUUAUACUAAGAAAGCUCCACAACUGUCUGCACAAGAGUUGGUGGUGCUCACGAGGAAGAUGGCUGCUGCUGCGAGCAGAUGCUGCCCUCUAAGGGAUGAGCAGCAGUUUGCCUGCAUCGAGGACUCGGCAAAACUAAUUCUUGGAGCUUUGUGCAGAAGACAUAGCGCCGAGCCUGUCAAUGCCAGAGUAGGCCACUGCUGCGAAGACUCCUAUGCCCUCAGGAAGCCAUGCUUUGAUGAUCUGCAGGUCGAUGCAACUUACAUUUCUCCACCUUUAUCUUGUGAUCAAGUCAUCAGCCUUAAAGAAGAGUGGUGCAGAGCUCAGGAGGAGGAGCUCCAAAUUGAAAAGCAAAAGCUCCUCAGCAACCUUGUGAAGCAGAAACCACAUGCAACAGAGAAGCAGCUGCAGUCAGUGGUCGAGGAUGUCACGCACCUGAUGGAGAUGUGCUGCCGUGCAGAAAAGAGAGAAACAUGUUUUCACAAAGAGCUUCUAUGUUUGUGGAAGGAUUCUGAGUUUGACUGGAGACAAAGAAUAACACCCAGGAGCUUCCCAAAGGUCUUUGUGGAUCCAAGAUUCCAGAGGGGCCCAGACUCAUCACAAAGUGCCAAUCUCUCUAGGAAGGCUAAAUUACACCAGAACGUACCAAUGUAGGAUCAUCACCGAGAUCAGCAAUAUAGAAAAUAAUGAUCAACAAAAUAAUUUUUUAGCUCCACAGUGUUGUACAGGAACACUGGUCAGUCUACGCCAAGUCUCUCCUGUUCAGCAAACUACAUACUGGCUCCCAGACACGCCCCCUUCAGGGCUUUUUCCUCCACAAGCUCUGCCUCUCAAGAGCAGCAGCACAAACCCAGAGGACUUUCCAAGGCCUAAGGCUGAUGUAAUGUGUGGCCACAUCUUGCUGGAAACUGGCAGCUCAGUCCCCACAGUGAAGCCCUCAAGGGCAAAGGGAAGCUGUCUGUGCCACUACUGUAAAUGACCAUUGAUGAACUGAGGGGAAUGUGCUUUCUAAUAAAGACACCUUUCUAACUGCGA